AUGAACCCACGAUUUCUAUCGCCGCUGCAGCGAUAUCUCUUGCAAGGAAGCAAUACAAGACUCCAGCAACAUCAAGUUCGCCGCAUCUCCGACCAUGUCAUCCGCAUCAACGACGGGACUUUCUACCGUGACUUUCCGGAUCCGACCAAGCCACCAGUCUCGAACGCCGCGCUCUUCCCAAAUCUCUCCUUCUCCCUAGACGCAGCAAUCUCGAAGCGGAAUGCCCCUCCAAGCUGGGCUGUGCUGUCAUCUUCGUCGCUGACCCGGACGACGUUCCUGCGAAUCCUCGGCGGUCAACAUAUCUGUCUCCCGCCCGGCGCAAGGACAUAUCCACAUCUGACCGCUGCGGGAAAGUCCCCACAGCAGGCCAUCCAGUACGUCGGCUUCGACGCGGAGCGCGGGAGCAGCGUCGGCGGCAGCGAUGUCCGGGGAUCAUAUCUCAGCGCACGAUAUGAGAGCCGGCGGGAGGUGACGGAUUUCUCCGUCCGAGACUACCUCACCGGCAACACGGAGCUCAAUGCCCUGGAGGAGAAGCCUUCGGACGCGACGCUCCAGGCCCUGAACGCUAUCGUAGAGCAAUUGAAUCUUGGGAACUUGCUCGAUAUGCCGGUGUCGAACCUCAGUAAUGGGCAGACGCGCCGAGCAAGGAUUGCUAAAGCACUGAUGGAGUCGCCCGAAGUUCUGCUUCUGGAUGGACCUUUUAUGGGAUUGGAUCCGAGGACGCGAGCGACGAUGACGCAGGUUUUGGGGCAGAUUGUCCGAAGCGGGUCGACUCGGGUGGUUUUGAGCCUGAAUCCUGAUGAGGCCUGUCCGGAAUGGAUCAGUCAUCUGCUUGUUGCGAAGCAAGAUAUGACGACCAGCCCCGAAACCGCUUACCAAUCUAUGCUCACGACGAGAAACGCUUCCGGCGAAAAGCUCUCGAUCAGUAAAGACGGCUACACAACAAGCAACACUACACAGUCUCUGGGCGAGCCCAUCAUCGAGAUGCGAGGCGUCCAGGUAUCCUACGGAGCCAACACCGUCCUCGGCGACUGGUCGCAGAACAUCGAUGGCCACGCCCGCCCAGGCCUAUGGUGGACUCUCCGCCGGGGCCAACGCUGCGGGAUCUUCGGCCCCAACGGCAGCGGCAAAACGACGAUGCUCAGCCUCAUCACCUCGGACCAUCCCCAAGCCUACAGCCUCCCGAUCGAAAUCUUCGGCCGCUCCCGACUCCCCGAGCCCGGACGACCCGGCAUCAGCCUCUUCGACCUCCAGCGCCGCAUGGGCCACUCCAGCCCCGAAGUCCACUCGUUCUUCCCCCGCCAGCUCUCCGUCCGCGCGGCAUUGGAGUCCGCCUGGGCCGACGCCCCGCUCGCGAGACCGACCCUGACCGGCGAAGCCAACCGGCGCCUCCGCUUCGGCGGACUGCCCUUCGGCGCGCAGCGCCUCACGCUCUUCCUGCGCGCGCUCCUCGCCUCGCCGGACCUGGUCAUCCUGGACGAAGCGCUCAGCGGCGUGGACGAGGCCGCGCGGGCCAAAGCCUUCCUGUUCCUCGCGCACGGCGAGCGAUUCUCCGCCCUCGACCCGGCGACCGGAUCGCUCCGGCCCAGCGUCGUCGCGGAGAUCCAGGAACACAACGGCGGGGUCUGCUUCGCGGGGCUCGACGACCGCCAGGCCCUCCUCGUCAUCAGCCACGCCCGCGCCGAUGUCCCCGGCUGCGUGCGCGAGUGGAUCUGUCUGCCCGAACCGGGCGAGCGGCGGGCGCCGAGGACGGGGAGGUUGACGGAACCGCUGGAGAUUGAGCCCAAAGGGUGGGAGGAGAUUUGGGGGCAGAGGGAUGAAUGA